UUCUCUCCAAACGUUGGGCCUCCAGGUGUUUAGGCCUUCAACUCCCAGAAGCCCCGGCCGGCUUGGAGAAGGGCUAGGAAUUCUGGGAAAUGAAGUCCAAAGACCUGAAGAUGGUUGUAUUAGGAGGCUAUAAUGUAGGGAGCAAGUGUAAGUAGAUUCUAGGUUGCUGGGAAAGAAGGGAAGCGCGCGCUGGUCAUCCGGGACACCGCCUUCCAGUGAGACGGGGGGCGGAGGGGGGAGAGAGCGCGAUCGAGUGAUGUCUGCCUCCUCCAUCCGGGUCCCUUCUCCUUCCGUGCUACGCGAGGGAAGUUGUCAGGAGAGCUCGGCCGGGCAGGGAGGAGGAGGAGGAGCCCUGAGGAGAAUCCAAAGCCUGCUUUUCUCUGCUCUCCCAGAGAGAAGGCCCCGAAGCAGCCUCGAAGGUACCGCCAAAUUCUCGCGGUCGGGAGGUCUCAUAACUGACAAAAAAUGGAAGAAGAAAUAAGUCAGAUGGAGCCCUGUGAUGAAAAUCAGGUGCCAAAUUCUGAAGGUGGAUAUGUGUGGCAGGUUACUGACAUGAAUCGAUUGCACCGUUUUUUGUGUUUUGGUUCUGAAGGAGGCACUUACUAUAUCAAGGAACAAAAAUUGGGCUUUGAAAAUGCUGAGGCUCUACAGAGACUUAUUGAAGAUGGCAAAGGGUGUGAAGUGGUGCAAGAAAUAAAGACGUUCAGUCAAGAAGGCAGAGCAGCAAAACAGGAGCCUGUCUUACUGGCACUUGCUAUUUGCUCACAGUGCUCUGAUACAAAAACAAAACAAGCAGCUUACAAGGCCGUCUCUGACGUCUGUCGCAUCCCAACCCAUCUCUUCACUUUCAUCCAGUUUAAAAAGGAUCUGAAGGAGGGCAUGAAGUGUGGAAUGUGGGGUCGUGCCCUAAGAAAAGCUGUUGCUGAUUGGUAUAAUGAAAAGAAUGACAUGGCUAUUGCCUUAGCGGUGACAAAAUACAAGAAAAGAAAUGGUUGGUGUCAUAAAGAUCUUCUUCGAUUGUCUCAUCUAAAACCUGCAAAUGAAGGCCUUGCAGUAGUCACUAAGUAUGUCAUGAAAGGGUGGAAAGAGGUCCAAGAAGCUUAUAAAGAUGACAAAUAUUCUGCUGAAACUGAAAAACUGCUGAAGUAUUUGGAGGCAGUGGAGAGGGUGAAACAUACAAAGGAUGAAUUGGAAGUGAUUCAUUUGAUAGAAGAAUUCAAUCUAGUUAGGGAACACCUCCUGACAAGUCAUUUGAAAUCUAAAGAGGUAUGGAAAGCAUUGCUACAGGAGAUGCCCUUAACAGCAAUGCUGAGGAAUCUAGGGAAGAUGACAGCAAAUUCUGUUCUUGAACCAGGAAGUCCAGAAGUAACUAUAGUUUGUGAAAGAUUAAGAAAUGAAAAACUUCUUAAAAAGGCUCGAAUACAUCCAUUCCAUAUUCUGGUUGCUCUAGAAACAUAUAAAGGGGAACGUGGCUAUCGAGGAAAACUUCGUUGGCAACCUGACAAAGAUAUUUUGGAAGCUCUUGAUGCUUCAUUUUACAAGACCUUUAAGACAGUAGAGCCAACCGAGAAGCGUUUCUUGCUUGCAGUUGAUGUCAGUGCUUCUAUGUCCCAAAAAGUUUUGGGCAGCGUGCUGAAUGCUAGCACAGUUGCUGCAGCAAUGUGUAUGCUUGUUGCACGUACUGAAAAAGAUUCACAUAUUGUUGCCUUUUCCCAUGAAAUGGUCCCCUGUCCGGUAACUGAAGAUAUGACAUUAUCUCAAGUGUUGCAGAAAAUGUGUGAGAUCCCAAUGGGUGCCACGGACUGUUCUCUCCCAAUGCUAUGGGCUCAAAAGGCAGGUGUGGCUGCAGAUGUCUUUAUUGUGUUUACGGAUAAUGAGACAUUUGCUGGAGAGAUUCAUCCUGCUACAGCUUUGAGGCAGUACCGGGAGAAAACAGGUAUUCCAUCCAAACUGAUAGUUUGUGGAAUGACAUCCAACGGCUUCUCCAUUGCAGACCCAGAUGAUAGAGGCAUGUUAGAUAUUUGUGGUUUUGACACAGCGGCACCAGAUGUCAUUCGAAAUUUCACUUUGGAUUUGAUUUAAUUCUGUGAACAUCUGCUUUCCUGACAUUACCAGCUGAGGACUUUGUUUUGGACCUACCAAUUGAAUUGACUCAUUGAGCUAACUCAUGACUGAGUUUUAAUGCAUCAAUUGGGAUGUUUAACAUUUUAAAGACGGGCAGAGGCAAAAUCAUUUCUGGGGAGACUGUUUAAAUCUGUUGCACACUGUUAAAAAUAGCAAUGGAAUGCCUUUUAGAAAUAGCUUUGGGAAACAGUGUAUGCGUCUAAUUUUUUUAUAAUAGCUUAUCCUUAACAAGGUAUUCCAUUGCUGUAGAAUUUAUUUUCCAGAAUAAUUUUACUCUUUUACUCUCUGUUUGGGAAGAUAUUUCAAUGUUUUACAUUGUGUUGGGUUGAUAGCUGCUUCCUUGCAUAGUUUGUUAUUCAUUUUCUUGACAAGGAAAAGAGAGGGCCAGUCUGUACUUCAGGUUACCUCACUUCUAUCAAUGCGCAUUGGCUCGCAUUGCUUAUAGCACAUUUGGGUUUGGCAACUUGCUGCUUUCAGUCCUCCUUUUGUUAGUAAGGAAUUCUGUAUAUCCAGAUACUGACUUAUUUUGGGACAACUGGUUUGUUCUAAGGGUUAUGUGGGUAUGGCUGGAUUAUUGUCUCCUCAGUCCUCUUUGUUUUCAAGCAAGUCUUGAUAGAUUUGCACAAUUUUGUCAUCAUGCUUUAAGUUCUCACUGAUUUAGGAAUAUGUUGCUAGGCUCACUGAAUGAGAAAAGUGUGAAAAAAUUAGGUUUAACUUUCUUUUCAUCUGUAAUAGAAAGAGGACAAAGAAGGGAACAUGCAUAUUUAUAGUGACAUAAGAAAUAGAAUUAGAUUCUAACACUAUUUAUGUAUUACUUGUGUGUUCUGUAGUUUCACAAUGAAGUAGAACUGGUGCCAUGCUUCUAGUCCUGCCCUCUGUUUACCUGUUGAAUGAGGAUAGUUGCAAGAGAGCUGCCUUGUUGUGUGUGAGCAACUAUUCACAUUUAGGUAAUAUAUAGUGCUGCAUAUCAUAAUUGUGUGGAGUUCCUACAUGGGAGCAAGAGUGAAUGCAUAGGCAUUUAUUUCUAGAUUCUGCUCAACACAUAAAAGUCAAAAUCUGGAACUAGCUAAGGAAUGUGAAAUUUGGACCAAACCUAGAAGUGCUGCCUUCUUCUGUUUCACCACAGGAUUAUCCCUAAUAUGUGGGUAACACAUGAAGAAGGGUGGUGACACAACUCUAUGUUUAAUGUAGCUGAACCAAUACAAUUCUCAGAUGUUUUGUGUGCAGUUGAGACCAGUGAGAAAUACGUUACAAGAUCUUCAAGUCAUCAGUAAAAUAGUAGUGCAGAAAAAAACUCCAAAAAACUAACUCAUGUAUUUUUCAUCUCUAGUGUACUAUAACAAAGUACUUAUAAGAAUGUGUUAGACCAUGUGACUGUGAUAGGAGUACAAAAGUUACAUAUUUUAAAAGAGAGAAACUAUCUUAAAAUUGUACUGGUAAGAUUGUGUCCAUAGAUUGUGUGAGAGAGGCAUUUUGUGCAACUGAUGUUACUCUUCUCCCUCCUCUCCUCUGCAUUCUUUCAUUGAGUUUUUUCACCCCCAAAAAUUCAAGCAGAGGAUCUUUGUUUGGUAUAACUUUCUUUUUCAGAUUCAGGUGAUAAUCCCUUUGCAAUAUACUAGCCAACCCCUUUUCUUUCGAGGAAAUACAGGUAGAAAGAGAGAAAAAACAAGCUGAAAUAGUUGCCUUCUUCUUGGCAAUCAGUGGAUAGAACUCAAUCUUAUUAGGCUUGUUUUGGAGUCAAAUAUGGAUGUUCCCUAUUACAACCUUCUUUGAAAGAGAUGGGAAAUGCAUAAGGAGUUGUAAUUAUUGCUCAAACCUAGCUUCCUUCAUUGAAGCUGUGUAGAAAUAUGUCUACAUGUCAAACUCUUUGCCUUUACAGAGCACUUGAAUUAAUCAGUUCAACAGUUAGAGCAAAACUAAUAAAUGGUAUUGAGAUCCUCAAAUGUAAAACAUAUAAUAUAAAUACACUUUAUAAUGGUUUUAUCAUUUAGUUUGACAAGUUUCUUUUUAGUGCAGCUGGGAAAAGACUUCUCAGUUCAAGCAGUGAUCUUAUCUGAAAACCAAGUUUAAUUUUACCAGGUAAUUCAGUACAUACGAUAACCUUAUACAUUCUAUAGUCAACUACUUAUACAGGAUUCAACCAGGUAAUGAUAUGCUUUAUACAUUAACUUCUUUGAUUGUAGCACCUGUCAGCUUCUUAUUUCAGUCAAACAUGUUUGUAGUCUGUAUAAGAGAUGUCUACUGUAGGGGCUUACAUUUUUGCACUACCGUAGAACAUGUUUUGCAGGGUUUUCCCCAGCCCCCCUCCCUUAGUGCUUAAAAUUUCCUGGGGAAAUUGUCCUAACACCAUUUUAUUGUAGUACCUAAAGAAAUAAUACAAAUCAGCUAGAAUGUGCAGUUGUUGCAGGAUGUACAUCAUAGAAUCUGAUACUAUGUAUGUAGUGAAAUGUACUUAAUAUAGUUCAUGGGUUAGAGGAGUAUUUGAUUAAAUUGUGGGCACUUCCAGUCAGGGCUUAAACCUACUCUGGCACGGGUUUAAGAAACCUGCUUUGGUGCAGGUUUAAGUUCCCAUGUCUGCUCCCCAAAAACAGGCUUUCCUGGUGGGGUGUCCCCAUGCCAUCCCAGUUACUUCUGGAAUGGCAUGGGGCCACCCACCCCAUCCCAACCCAAACCCUGAAAAGUAAAAAAUAUUACCGGGCUGCCAUUAUGCUGUUGCAUCAGGUCUCCUGGCGCAUUAUUUCUACAUGGCAGAAGGCCUGCCUAGAGUAGAGUAAUUGUGGUCUGGUAAUUUUUUUAACUGAAGGCUUUUGGGAUGGGGCGAUGGGGAGAGGUUGGGUGCACUCUCAGUUCUCCAGGUUCAUGGAGCCCGAAAAACUGAGAGGACUGUGGGGACUGACCCUAGGGACUACCCAGGAGUCAGUUCCCACAGGUGCCAUACCCCUGUAGACCUAGGCUUUUCAGGAAGUCCCAGGUCUAAUGGAAUAUUUAAUUAAAUCAGGUCAAAGCUGUGUUCACCUGCUUUGUCCCGAAUUAAUUCUCUUUUACCAUAAGUGUCAUUUGGACACCUCUGGUAAAAGCCUAACAAAUCCCACAUUUUGGGGCCUGUCUGGAAGGACCUUGAGAUGGAAAGGGUUUCCAGUUAAUUGAAAAACACCUUUAAUGGUGAUGAUGAUAACAUGGGCUGACAUCAAAUUGUUUUCCCAUUGCAAGUUUCUGCGAGUGGGUAACAUCUCCCCACUGCACCUCAAGGUUUGGGGAGAUGUGUGAUGAUAGAGGACAGCAAAGAAAAAAAUGGUUGCAUCAUGAAAAAAAUAUCUGUAACUGCAAUAUUGGAUAUACCAAUACUGUAUAAGCUCUUGAAACUACAAGAGUAAUAUCUUAAGAAUAAUGUUUGAAAUUUCAUACAGUACAAGUAAGUGGGAGUCAAUUCUGUAAGUCCUGAGAGUAUUGAUACAUUUUUUGCUCUCAACCGAAGUCAUGAGUUAUCAAAAGCAGCUCUCUUGCAAUCAUGCCAUUUGAAGAACUUGUGGCCGCAUCAAUCUCUGUGUGAAAAUGAUCUCCAUUAAAGUAUCUGAAAAUGUUUCCAGAGUGCUGAGCUGCUUCUCCAGCAUCUUGAAUUAUAUUUGUUCUAAAUUUGCUCUCUUGUAUAAUUUCUAAGAGAGCUCUUCAGGCAUUUCCUACUUAAUUGUACAAAAUAAACAUAAUUUUGGUUCUUAAA